AUGUCCCGAAAAAUCACCGCCAACAACCUGCAGUACACCACGACCCUGCCGCCCUUCCUCGCCCGCCUGCGCGGCCAGCACACCUCCGAAACCGACCGCGACGCGCCCGACCCGAUCCUCGCAGCGAGGCGUCGGCCCGCCAAACCGCGCUCCGGCAGCGCCGAGGCCGAGGACGCGCCGCUGGUGGUCGACGAGUACGGCAACACCGUGGUGGACAUCACCGUCGGUGUCGACGGAACAGUCAAGGAGAAAUCGGAACAGGCAGGAUCCGCGGGAGAUGCGCAGAACAAGGACGGGGAUACAUCCAGCAGUGUAGCAGCAGCAGAGGGCGCGGCGGGGGAGCAACUGCCGGGCGUCAUUCAAGCUGGCGCGCAGCGCAAGAAGCGCAAGAUUGGCAGAGUCAUUGGUGGUGCAGAUGCCGAUGAGGGCGAGUCUGAGGAAACGGGCUGGAAAGAGAAGGAGGGAGCAAAGACGAGCAAGCCCGCAACAGCUACAGCUCGGGAACCACAAGAGAGCGGCGAUUCUGCCCCCGCUCCCAAGGCGAAGACCAAGAAAAAGGCUAAGAAGAUCAAGCUCAGCUUUGGUGACGAGGAGGGCUGA